AUGUCGCAAAAGACGCUCUUCCAAGCAAUUAAAGAGGACCACGAAGAAAUGUAUCUUUAUCAUGACGAGUAUAAGCGCGCAUGCACUGCGAGUGACGUCGAAGCCCAGGCGCGGUGGGCGCACCAGCUCACCUGGGAAAUCGCGCGACAUGCCGUUGGGGAGGAGAUCGUUGUCUAUCCCCUCAUGGAGGCACACCUCGGCGAAAAGGGGCGUCAACUCGCGGACCAUGACCGUGCCGAGCACCAGCAUGUCAAGGAGCUUCUUUAUAAGCUCGAGUCCCUUCGCCCCGCGAGUGCUGAAUACGGCCAAACAGUCGAGCUUGUCAUGGCCUCGCUCCAUCCGCACAAUGAUGAUGAGGAAAUCAAAGAUCUGCCUCUUCUUGAGGCGGCGAUUGGUGCUGAUUCAAGCAGACAGGCCGCUGUGAGCUUCAAGAAGACAAAAAAGCUCGUGCCGACGAGGGCACAUCCGUCCGCGCCGAAUAAGCCUCCGUUCGAGACCGUCGUGGGGCUGCUUGCAGCCCCGGUCGACAAACUCAAGGACUGGUUCGCUAGUUUCCCCACAGAGGAAGAAAUGGAAGCCGCGAAGGAAGAGCUGAAGCAUCGUGAUCAUGACGCGGCAAAGGGCAGGGCGGAUGCUGAGUGA